AUGUCUCAAUUAUUUUUAUCAUCUACAAUACCGUUUAAUUUACAUCCACAUGAAAUACAACCACAUAUAAAAGAUCAAGAUAAGAAAAAACCACCACCGGCUCAAAAUAAUAAUAAAGGUCAUGAAGAACUGCUGGAUAAUUCGCCAAUUUGGCAUUGUAUGUUAGCUGGUGGGUUUGGUGGAGUUGUAGGUGAUUCAGCAAUGCAUUCAUUAGAUACUGUUAAAACUAGACAACAAGGAUUUCCGUAUAAUCCAAAUUAUAAAAAAAUGAUAUUUGCAUACUCAACAAUAGUCAGAGAGGAGGGUUUUUUCAGAGGUCUCUAUGGUGGUUAUACUCCCGCUGCCUUAGGAUCAUUUCCGUCAACGGCUGCAUUUUUCGGAACUUAUGAAUAUUCAAAAAGGUUGAUGAUUAACAAUUGGCAUUUAAAUGAGACAUUAAGUUAUUUUAUAGCUGGUGUUUUAGGAGAUUUAGCAUCUUCAAUUUUUUAUGUACCUUCAGAAGUGUUGAAAACAAGAUUACAAUUACAAGGAAAAUAUAAUAAUCCUUAUACUAAAGAAUGUGGAUAUAAUUACAAAUCAUUAAUUGAUGCAAUUAAAACAAUUUAUAAAACAGAAGGGUUGAAAGCAUUUGUAUUUGGUUAUAAAGAAACCUUGUUUAGAGAUUUACCAUUUAGUGCUUUACAAUUAACGUUUUAUGAAAAACUAAGACAAUUGGCUAUUUAUUAUAAUCAUAAUUCGAAUGAUUUACCUGUAUCUAUUGAAUUAUUAGCUGGUGCAGGUGCUGGUGGAUUAGCCGGAAUAUUGACAACACCAUUAGAUGUAAUUAAAACUAGAAUACAAACUCAAACUAAUAAUUUUUUUAAUUUAAAUAAAACAAACACCAAGAUAAAACAAAAUCCCUUGGUCAGGUUUAUAAACAAAUAUGAAACAUCAAGAGCGAUAUAUUCAAUUUAUAAAACUGAAGGUAUAUUAGGUGCUUUUUCAGGUGUUGGUCCUAGAUUUAUAUGGACUGGUAUUCAAUCUUCAAUCAUGUUACUAUUAUAUCAAAUAUCAUUAAAACAGCUAGAUUCUUACUUAAAUAAUAAUGAAAAACUAAUGUAA